AUGCCAAUGAUUUUGAAGGAGUGGAGGAUAGAUUUCAAUCUAAAAAGAGAUUUGAUGCGCACAAUUCCUAUAUGGGUUAAGCUUCCUCAAUUACCUUUGCAUCUCUGGGGUGUAAAGAGUUUGAACAAAAUUGGUAGUGCUAUAGGAACCCCUUUGGAUGUUGAAGGGAGACUGCUGAAACAAGAGGUUGAGUAUGAAUGGAAACCUUCUUUCUGUGAAAAAUUCCAAAAGUUAGGACAUCAAUGUCAAGCACAAAGGAAAAUUAAGCAGUGGCAACCAAAGAAGAAACCUCCUGAUGAUGAAGUACAGAAGACCCUAACAAAGCCUACAGAGGAACCUGAACAAGGGACCAAAGAUGAUACUGCAGAAUCAUGGACUGUGGUGAAGAGAAAUAGCAACAAUAAAGAAAAUAUAGUGAAACAAACUAAGGCUAAUGUGGUUAGAGCAAAACUCCAUCUGACUGACCAGUAUAUUGACAAUUAUAGAGACCAUAAGAAUGGGAGGAUUUGGUUAGGUUGGGAUAAUAAUAAAGUGGAUGUUCAGUUUGUCCAAAGCACCAGUCAGCUUAUUCAUUGCAGGGUGGAUGAUGCUAAGGGUGUUUUCAAAUAUUGGCUAACAGCAGUGUAUGCCCAUAAUCAACUGGAUAAGAGAAAGAAAUUAUGGAGAGAUAUUGAGCAAAUUCAAAGUAGUCUGAAUGGUCCUUGGUGUGUGAUUGAUGACUUUAAUAAUGUUGCAAAAGCUCGGGAUCACAUUGGAGGCAUAUUAGUUACUAAAAAGGAAUAUAGUGAUAUGCAGAAUAUGAUGAUGAGAACUGGCACCAGUGAAAUGGAUAGUUCAGGGGAUUUUUUUACUUGGUUCAAUAAACAUUUUGUUGGUCCAAUCUACUUUAGAAUUGACAAAUUAUUGGGAAAUAUGGAUUGGUUCCAAGCUAAUCCUAAUAUUGCUUGA